CCCUGGCCCGCGCGCCCCUGACCCGCGCGCCCCUGGCCCGCAGUGAUGUGGCGGCUGCGCCUGCUGGUCCUGGCGGUGCUGGCGGCCGGCAGCGCCGAGGCCCAGGCGAACUCCAGCGACGGUUUCCUUGAGUUUUCUGUGGGAAAGUUUACAUACUUUGUGCUCAGCAAGUCCUUUCCGGAGGAGGCCGUCCUGCGCCAUAUUUCAAGCAAUGUGACCUUUCUUCUUUUCCAAAUACACUCACAGUAUCAGAAUACCACGGUUUCAUAUUCUAAGACGCUCCAUCCCAAUGUGUCAGGAACAGGCAACGACAGAGGGCUGGUCUUCAGUCUUAAACGUGAGCAGACUGUGUGUACUUGGUACUUGAAGACGGAAGAUACCAAGCCUGUCCAAAGUGUGGCCGUUACACUCUCCUACUCAGAAAGAGAUCCCGUUCCUGGAGGCUGCAAUUUGGAGUUUGAUUUAGAGAUCGAUCCCAACAUCUAUUUGGACUAUAAUUUUUUUGAGACAACUAUCAAGUUUGCACCAGCAAACAUAGGCUAUGCAAGGACUGCAGAGCCCCCACCGUGUGAUGUGAGCACGGGCCAUGAGUCCAGGUGGAGGCUGCGCUAUGACGUGUACCAAUACUUCCUGCCCGAGGGCGACCUCACGGAGGCCUCUCUGCUCCAUCAUCUUCAGAGGAUGGCCCAGGUGGCUCAGGUGAAGGCCAGUGCCAUCAAGGUGGUCACCCUAACAGCUGACGAUAAAACAGCCAUGUCCUUCUCUUCCCUCCCGGGACAAGGAGUCAUCUAUAAUGUCAUCGUUUGGGAUCCGUUCCUCAAUACUUCUGCUGCUUAUGUGCCCGUGCACACAUACGCCUGCAGCUUUGAGUCAGUUGAUAGUAACUGUAUUUCUCCUGGAAGAGUAUCUACGAAAGUGUUCUCCACUUUGUUUGCCCUGCUUGGGCUCUUCAUUUGUUUCUUUGGACACAGAUUCUGGAAAACAGAUUUAUUCUUCAUUGGCUUCAUCUUCCUGGGGUUCUUCUUCUACAUCCUGGUCACCAGACUGACACCCCUUCAGUAUGAUGUUCGCCUGGCUCUCACCGCUGUAGCCGGCAGCUUCGGUGGCCUCCUUCUGGUGGCCUCCUGGUGGCGAUUCGGGACCCUUACACUCUGCAUGCUGUGCGUGGGGCUGGUGCUGGGCUUCCUCGUCUCUUCUGGGACGUUCUUCACGCCUCUGGGAAACCUAAAUGUUUUUCAUGAUGAUGGAGUGUUCUGGGUGACAUUCUCCUGCAUAGCGCUGCUUGUUCCAGUCAUCUUCAUGGGCUGCCUAAGAAUCCUGAACAUUCUGGCUUGUGGAGUGGUGGGCUCCUACUCCGUGGUGUUGGCUGUUAACAGUUACAUGUUCACAAGCCUCUCCUACAUCACCCUGAACGUCCUCAGGAGAGCUCUCAACACAGAAUUCCGAGGGGCUUUCAUCGGAGUGCCUUUCCAGACCAACGACUACAUCAUCCUGGCUGUGUGGGGGAUGCUGGCUGUCAGUGGAAUUACACUUCAGAUUCGAAGAGAAAGGGGGCAGCCGCCUUUCCCUCCCCAUCCCUACAAGCUAUGGAAGCAAGAGCGAGAACGCAGAGUGACCAACAUUCUGGACCCCAGCCAUCACAUCCCUCCCCUGAGAGAGAGGCUUUAUGGCCGGGUUGCUCGGGUCAGAGAGCUCUUCCAGAAGGAACAACCGGCUGGAGAGAGGACGCCCCUGCUUCUGUAGGAGGCUGAGGGUCAGUGUACUUGCCCUGGUCAGCCGGGGUGGGUGACAGGGUGACGCCCCUGUGGAUGUACAGCAGUGGAAUUAGAGGAUUCUAAGUGACAAGGUGAGAAAAGCCUCCAAAAAGUUGGUUGUAGAUGUUUUUCCUCGUUUCCCACAAUCUUGACAAGUUACCUUUGGUUUAUAAAUAGAUGAUUGAUGUCUUUUAUAAAAUACACCAAAAAAUAAAAAUGUCUCCUUGAAGUCCUGGUGUUUUGUUCUUGUAGCUUCUUGGACAGUUACGACUUAGUCUGAGCCAAUGGAGGGGGAGGCAGGCAGUGGGUAUUUAUUUGCUUUGUGUGUAGAAGUUUAGGGAUUUGAUUUGGGCCCUUGAAUGCCAAGACUAAUGGAUAAGUAGCCCCCCUUUUCCUUAAAAGCAGUCUGAUUAUAUGUGGCUGCAUCUUAUAGUAAAAUCAGGAACCCUUUUCAUUUGUUUUCAAUAUUCAAAUGAUUUAUUUUAAAAACUGUGGCAAACUAUCCUAACAUGUAGCAAUGUAGAUUUCCUGCUGUUUUGCCAGUUCUUAAAGCGGUAAAUUAAAUAACUAAAUUAUUUCUGUAAUCUAAAAUAGCUCAGUUUAUUAAAGAUAAUAUAACUUUUAUAUGAAUAAGUUAUUUAUAGCCCAUUUUGUUUUGGCCUAUUUUUGUGUUGGGGCCAUUUAAAGCAGUGUUGGCUGCUGACCCUUCUUCCUUAGGUUGCAUUACAUGGUGACUGGACUGUAUUUUGUCAGAGAGAAGUCAAUGAGACCUUCUUCCUAGCACCCCGUGAAGUUGUGCUAAUGACUGCUCUGUAUAAUCAAAGCCCCUGUGCUCCGAAGCUCAGAGGGGUCACUCAGCCAAGCUGCUUCUUAAGGCCGCCACCAUGGGUUCUGUAAGGAGGGACGACCGCCAGGGCUGUGAGCUGGCUUCCCUGACAGUGUGACUCAGUGCGCUGGUGUGUCAGCGGUGAGCUUCUUAGUCUCUUCACAGCAUGACUAUAGCCUUGACAUUUCAGGGCGCGGGUGGAGUCUUCAGGUCUGGCUUUGAAAAAAGGUUUUGAAGUUAAAACAUAAUGAAAAAUUAUAAAAUGAACCCCAUUUGGUUUAUUUCUGAAAAUUCUUAUUGUUAUUACUAUCUAGCUUCAGCAAUAAUUUUUUAAAUUGCUAUAGGGUUUCUGGCUUCUGUCACAUGCUUGUACUUUAGUUGUGCAGAUUGUUGGAGAACUAUUCUCUGUACUGUCGGAACACACUGCCAGUCAGUUAUAAAAGGCAGAAUAUGCUUUCUUGGAGGGAGAAUACAAAAUAUUUGUAAAUUUUCAUAAUUUUUAAUACCAUUUAUAUAAUUUUUGUAAUAAAUACCU